AUGGUUCGUGUCCAACUCGCAUCCCUGGCGCUGGCUGCGUCGGCCCUCGCUGCACCUGCCACGGAGCUGCUGCCACGUUCCUCGGACGCCAAGGCCUGCGACGCCACGUCCAAGAUCUGCUACUCCGAGUAUGUCUCGCCCAACGGCGUCUCGUUCCGCAUCGCCAUUCCCGACACCGCGACCGCGACCGCGCCGUACGACAUUGCGCUCUCCAUUGUUGCUCCCAAGGCCAUUGGGUGGGCCGCUGUCGCCUGGGGCGGCGCCAUGGCCAACAACCCGUUGACGGUGGGCUGGUCCAACGCUGCCACAGCUGUCGUGUCCAGCCGCCGCGCUACCGGCCACACCCUGCCGACGGCCUACGACGGCGCCAGCUACAAAGUGCUGCCCUCGUCCAAGACCAACGACACCCACUGGCAGCUGGACGCCAUUUGCACUGGCUGCAGCACAUGGGUCGGCGCGGCCGGCAGCGAGGCCAAGACGCUCGACCCCGCCAGCGCCGCCAUUUCGCUGGCCUAUGCGACGUCGGCCACGGCGCCGGCGGACCCGUCGAACAACGCCAGCCGCUUCGGCAUCCACAGUGCCAAGGGCAAGUGGACCCAGGACUUUGGCAGUGCCAAGCUGACCGGCUUUGCGAGCCUCGUUCAGGCGGCCGAGAAGGGAGCUGCGGCGUAG